AAUCCAGAAAAUCUUCAAAUCAUCAUUUGCAGAAUCCUUCAUCUUGAUGGAUUUUCUGCUGAUGAUAAACAUCGCUAUCGACAGUCAAUACUACAUAAUAUCGUUGAUUCUAUUGCCCUUAUGUUACAUGCAUGUGAAAUAUAUCGUAUUACGCAUGAAAAUGUUAUACAGGAUAAAGUGAACAAAUUUUUAUUAUUUUAUAAUGAAAUAAAUGAAGAUGUCGAAGUUAAUAUAUCCGGCGAGAUGGCGGAUAUUAUACAAUGCCUUUGGCAGAGUAAUACUUUACAGUUGGUGUAUAAACGAAGAUUCCACUAUCAAUUACUCGAUAACGCUAAGUUUUUUUUGGAUAGUAUUGAAAGGAUAGCUGCGAAAGAUUAUUCACCAACAACUCAGGACAUAUUGCAAUGCCGUUUCCGAACAACGGGCAUUCAUGAAAUGGAUUUUAUGUACAAAAAAUUAGAUUUCAAGAUGGUCGAUGUCGGAGGACAACGAUCUGAAAGGCGGAAAUGGAUUCACUGCUUUGAUAACGUUAACAUGGUGUUAUUUAUUGUUUCAAUGAGCGAUUUCGAUUUGUGCGAUCCAGAAGAUGAGACACAAAAUCGAAUGAUACAAAAUCAACAAAUUUUCAAGACAAUUGUUCAAAGUGACUAUUUUAAGAAUGCUUCCAUAGUAUUAUUUCUUAAUAAAUACGACAUUUUUCAAGAGAAAAUUAGACAUUCUUCAUUAAAGAAGUGUUGGCCAGAAUACAGUGGUGAUAAUUCGCUUGAUGAAUGCACAAAAUAUGUAAAAAGACAAUUUCAACUCUGUGUACCCAAUCACCAAAAAUAUUUUCCAUUCAUUACAACAGCAACAGAUACGAAUAAUAUAGAUUUUGUAUUUAGUACCGCAGUUGCUCAUAUUGUGAAUCAGAAUCUUAAAGCUACUGGUCUUCAAGAAUGA